AUGAGUGCUUCUGCGGGGACGUCAGCCGCAGCUCUGGUGCGCAUGUCUGGUGUACGAACGGCCCGCUCCUCCUCUGCUGCCAGACCUUCCUCUGCGUAUCGUCUUUGCGCCUUCAGCACGUCAUCAAAAUCCAGCAAUGUGUCUCCCAACUCGCCAAAAAACACCACCAGCGCUGCAGAAGAGGCCUCCCUUCGAACGUCAAGCGUCAAUACCACCGCUUCUGGUCCCGAUGAAUCGAAGGUGCAAUCCAGCCUACCGAAAGGCAAGGGAAAGAUUUCUGCCGCCCUGCUUCUCGCAAGAUCUCCAGUGAUCCUUCGCCAGCCAUCGCCACUCGAGUCCGCCUACUUUCAAUACAAUCAAAAGCUCUCCGCAGCACUCGAACAACCUUUUGUAAAGGACUUUUACUUCAAAAAAGGCUCUGCUGCAGAACAAAAGUUCGAGGCUGACCAAGCAGAACGCAGACAAAUACUCUCAGGCCAAAAAACGUCGUCACGCGCUGAUUUGGAAAACGAUACUGCACCGGUGCAGGUUGGUGGAACAGAGGCCGAAGCGGAGCUAUACACCACCCAGCCCAGGCGGACGAAAGCGGAUGUGGAGGGUGUAAGAGCUACCCUGGACAGAAGGUUGGAGCGCACGCUGUAUCUCGUCCUCAAGGAGGGAUCCAGCUGGAGGCUACCCUCAAAACUGCUGGAUGAUGGCGAGAGUCUUCAUGCGGUGAGUGUCAGAUGGCUAGAUAGUGAUCCAGCAUUCUCUUACACCCCGACGGCCCGUGCAGGCUGCUCCGAAGCCUGUCCACGCAGCUUUAGGCAAAAAUCUGGACAUCUGGCUUGCUUCCCACUUGCCCGUCGCGGUGUUGCCCAGCGACACUCCCGCCACCAUCGACGACAAUGCCGUGAGUGCCCAUGAUUUACAAAUGCGCCAGACCAAUCCUUUUGUUGACACAGAGCAAUCAUACCCAGACGUACGUUCUGCGAGCUCAGCUGAUCGCGGGUGCCGCCUCGCCAAAGACGAAUACUUCAGGGUACGCCUGGCUGACGCGCGAGGAGAUCCAGAAUGCCCUGUCGCCAAGCCAGGGCGGAAACAAAGAUGAUGUGUCACAUUGGCAAGGAAUCCAGGAUCUGCUCAAUGAGUAA